GUUUGCUGAGCUAAAAUGAGGAUUAGCAAAGCCAUCUUUCUCACUCUCACAUUUCUGUGCUCUGUGCAAGGAAGCAUCUUAGACAGCUAUAAAAAAACAGAAGGAGCUUGGAUAAAUGCACAUCAACAGUCGUAUAAGGCAAAUACUGCAGAAGAAUGUGCAGUACGUUGUGAAGUUGAAAAAAAAUUUACCUGCAGGGCUUUCCUUUUCUUCAGUAAAAAUGAAUGGUGUUUAACAUUGUCUAGAACCUCCAAGAGAACACAGAUUUUCAAAACAAUAAAUUCAGUUCUCUACGAAAAAAAAGAGUGCAAGAAAGGAAAGGGGGAGGAUUACAGAGGAACAAAAGACAGAACUCGGAAGGGUGUGCUGUGCCAGAAGUGGGUGGAUAGUGCGCUGCACAAAUCAAACUUUACCCCAGAAAAUUAUCCUCAUGCGGGGUUAGAAGAAAACUAUUGCAGGAAUCCUAAUGGAAAUGAAAAUGGCCCAUGGUGUUUCACAACAGAUCCUGCUACCAGAUUAGACUACUGUAGCAUCCUGGAAUGUGAAGUGGAGUGCAUGCAGUGUAAUGGUGAGGACUACAGCGGAAAAGUGUCCAGAACAGAAUCUGGGUUUGAAUGCCAGCGCUGGGAUGCCCAAGAGCCUCAUAKGCAUGGAUUUCUUCCCAAAAAYUUUCCAGAGAAGGAUCUGAAGAUGAAUUUUUGUCGUAAUCCUGAUAGUGACCUUCGUCCCUGGUGUUUCACUACCAGUCCCAAUAAACUUUGGGAAUAUUGUGACAUUCCUCGCUGCACUACACCCCCACCAACUUCUCGGCUGGGCUACCAGUGUCUUUCAGGGAAUGGAAAAGACUAUCGUGGCAAGAUCGCCAYCACUGAGUCAGGAAUUGCCUGCCAGCACUGGAGCUCUCAGUUCCCUCACAGACACAGGCACUCUCCUGAGAACUAUCCCUGCAAGGGUUUAGAUGAAAAUUACUGUAGGAAUCCAGAUGGUAAGAAGAGGCCCUGGUGCUACACCACCACCAACACAACACGAUGGCAGUAUUGUAGCAUUCCUCAGUGCUCACAGAGUGCAUCCCAAACCACUGACAAAGAUAUAUCAAGGCAGUCUGCAAGUCCAGAAGAGUGCUAUCGAGAGAGAGGCCUAGAUUACCGUGGAACAGCUUCUUUUACUAUCACAGGAAAGAAAUGCCAAGCUUGGAAUUCAAUGCUGCCACAUCGUCACAAUAGAACGGRAAAAAAUUUCCCAAAGGCGGAUCUGAGAGAGAAUUAUUGCCGAAACCCAGAUAAUGAUAUAGCCCCUUGGUGUUACACUACUGUUCCUACUGUGAGAUGGGAAUACUGUAAUCUGCAAAAGUGUCAUUAUGGAGAACCUCUUGUUUCACUUGAACCACCUUUUCCAUCGUUAGAACCAGGCACUGAGAUGACUGUUUUGAAUGUAACAGAGUGUAUUAUUGGCAAUGGUAAAGAUUAUCGUGGUGCAGUCACAAAAACUAGUGGUGGCAGGACUUGUCAAGAGUGGAGUUCUCAGGAGCCUCAUCACCACAGUUACCUCACUCCAGAAACUCAUCCAAGAUCAGGCCUGGAUAAAAAUUAUUGCAGGAAUCCUGAUGAGGAUGUUAAUGGUCCAUGGUGCUACACAACAGACCCUCAGAAAGUCUGGGAAUACUGUGAAAUUCCCAAGUGCGCUCCCUUUGAACAAGAAUGUGGGAAACCGAAGAGGAAACCCAGGCGAUGUCAAAGGGCUGUGAAUGGAUGUGCGUCAGUGCCACAUUCUUGGCCUUGGCAAAUCAGUCUUAGGACAAGGACCAACAUGCACCUUUGUGGUGGUACUCUGAUAGAUCCACAGUGGAUUCUUACAGCAGCUCAUUGUUUGGAAAGGUCAUCAGUACCUUAUACCUAUAGGAUCUUCCUUGGGCUACAUACAGCAAAGGCUGUAGAACCAUCUGUGCAAGUCCGAGAGGUUAAGGGUAUAUUCCAGGGACCAUUUGGGGCAGGCAUUGCCUUACUGAAGUUGAGCAGUCCUGCAAUGAUUGCUGACCAAGUUAUACCUGUGUGUUUACCUGAAGAAAAUCUGAUGAUAGGAAGUAGAACAGAAUGCUUUGCUACUGGCUGGGGACAAGUAAAAGGUGCUGGUGGAGAUAAUGUUCUAAAACAGACCAACUUGGCCGUGAUUGAAAAUAAAGCAUGCAAUAGCUCUGAAUUUCUGAAUGGAAGAGUCAAAAAGUUUGAACUCUGUGCUGAGCCCAUUAAUGGUUGCACAGAUACCCUUCAGGUAGAAAGUGGAGGACCUUUAGUUUGUCUAGUCCAAGACAGGUUUGUCCAAUAUGGAAUUAUCUCUGGGGGCUUUGGUUGUGCCCCACCUAAAAAACCUGUCUUUGUCCGAGUUUCUAGUUAUACUUCUUGGAUUAAGAAUAUAAUGAGAACCAACCUUGUGGCACCCCUCAGCUGGGCCAGAAUGGGGAUUAGCAAAGCUGCCUUUCUUUUUCUUCUCCUCAGCUCAGUGAAAGGAGAUAUCCUAGAUGACUAUUUAAGAACAGAUGGUGUUUGGAUACUUACUCGAAAUAAGCAGUCCUAUACGACAAAUAGUGAAAGAGAAUGUGCAGAGAAAUGUGAAGAUGAAAGAAGUUUUAAUUGCAGGGCCUUCCUAUUCACGAGGAUAAAGMAACAGUGUUUAACAUUGGCUGAAAAUAGCAAAACAACAUUGAUGUUCAACAGCACAGAUGCAGUUCUCUAUGAGAAGAAAAUUUACUUCCUACAGUGUAAAAGAGGAAAUGGGAAGGACUACAGAGGAACAGAAGCGAAAACUCAGAAGGGUAUUCCAUGUCAGAAGUGGGCUGACAAAGUACCYCACAAACCAAAUUUUACACCUGAAAAACACCCCCACGCAGGGUUGGAGGAAAACUACUGUAGAAAUCCUGAUAUGGAUGAAAAUGGACCCUGGUGUUACACAACAGACCCAACUACCAGAUUUGAUUACUGCAACAUCCCAGAGUGUGAGAGUCAGGACAAGCAUAGUGGAGAAGUUGAGUGCAUGCAGUGUAAUGGUGAAGACUACCGUGGAAAUGUGUCCAGAACAGAGUCGGGGUUUCAGUGCCAACACUGGGAUUCCCAAGAGCCUCAUAUGCAUGGAUUUCUUCCUGAAAAUUUUCCAGAGAAGGAUCUGAAGAUGAAUUUUUGUCGUAAUCCUGAUGGUGACCUCCGUCCCUGGUGUUUCACUACCAGCCCCACUAAACGUUGGGAAUACUGUGACAUUCCUCGCUGCACUACACGCCAACCAGUUUCUGGAUCCAGUUCCCAGUGUCUUUCAGGUAAAGGAGAAGACUAUCGGGGCAGAGUAUCUGUCACUGAAUCAGGAAGCACUUGCCAACACUGGAACACACAGUUUCCUCACAGGCAUGGCUGGAUUCCUGACAGCUAUCCCUGCAAGGGCUUAGAAGAAAACUACUGCAGAAACCCUGAUGGAGAGAAAAGGCCUUGGUGCUACACUAUCAGCAGAGAUGUUCGGUGGGAAUAUUGUGCAAUUCCCCACUGUGAUGGGACAGAACAACAGCCUGCUGGCACUGAAGUGCUUGAACAGAGUCCUGUCUCAGAGGAGUGCUAUCGAGGCAAAGGCCUGAGUUACCGUGGCACAGCUUCCCUCACUGUGUCCGGAAAGGAAUGCCAAGCCUGGAACUCCAUGUUCCCACACAGACAUGAAAAAACCCCAGACAAAUUCCCAAACGCGGAUUUGAGGGAGAACUAUUGCAGAAACCCAGAUGCCGAUGAACGUCCAUGGUGUUUCACCACUGACCCCGGAGUGCUAUGGGAGUACUGCAGCCUGAAGAGGUGUGAUGAUCAGAUACAAGAGCGGGCACCAAACCCCCUUCCUGCAAUGACAGUUCAAAGCGUUGACCCAACUAUACCCGCCACACCUGAAUGURUUAAUGGUAACGGUAAAGAUUACCGUGGCACAGUAGCAAAAACUGGAAAGGGCAGGACUUGCCAAGCAUGGAGCUCUCAGACACCUCAUAGCCACAACUAUUUCACUCCUGUGACUCAUCCAAGAGCAGGCCUGGAUAAAAAUUAUUGCAGGAAUCCUGAUGGAGAUGUAAAUGGUCUUUGGUGCUUCACAACAGAUCCAGAAAAAAAAUGGGAGUACUGUGAAAUCCCACGCUGCUCUUCUUCUCACCCUGGCUGUGGAAAAUUCCCAAUGAGAAGAGAACGGACGUGUGAGCCAUACAGCAUGUGUGAUGCUUCUCCAGGGUCUUGGCCUUGGCAUGUCAGCCUCAGGAUGAGUCUUCUCUGUUGUAGCACCAAUGAGCACCAUUGUGUGGGUACUCUGAUACAUCCACAGUGGGUUCUUACUGCAGCUCAGUGCUUGCAACAGUUAUCAGAGGCCUCUUCCUACAGGGUCUUUCUGGGGCUACAGAACCUGAAGGCAGCAGAACCAUCUUUGCAAAUCCGUGGCAUUCAGAAAUUAUUCAAGGAGCCCAAUGGAGCAGACAUUGCCUUGCUGAAGAUGAGCAGCCCUGUAAUGCUUACUGACCAUGUGAAACCAGUUUGUUUGCCUGAAACAAGUCCGGUGGUAGAAAGAAACAGAGUAUGUUUUCUAACUGCCUGGGGAAAACCAAGAGGUCCUGAUGGAGACAAUAGAUUAAAGUACAUCGAAUUAUCUGUGCUUGAAAAUGAAGUAUGCAAUCACCCCGAAUUUCUGAAUGGAAGGGUCAAAAAUCAUGAAUUUUGUGGUGGUCUUACUUUUGGAAGCGAACAUCACUGUGAGGCUGAUGUUGGAGGACCUCUGGUUUGCCAAGAUGAAGACAGAUUUGUCCAAUAUGGAGUCACCUCUUGGGGACUAGACUGUACCCGGCCAUCAAAGCCUGCUGUUUUUGUCCGCGUUCCUAGUUUUGUUUCUUGGAUCAAGAAUGUAAUAGUUGCCAACCUUGCAGCAUCCCCCAGCUGGGCCAGAAUGGGGAUUAGCAAGGCUGCCUUCCUCUUUCUUCUCCUGCUCGACUCAGCWCUGGGAGAUGUAUUAGAUGGCUAUGUAAGAACAGAAGGGGCUUGGCUGCUUAGCACAAAGAAGCAAAUUUAUAAAACAAGUAGUGAAGAAGAAUGUGCAGAGCAAUGUGAAACUGAAAAUAAAUUUACUUGCAGGGCAUUCUUAUUCACCAGUAAAGAUCAACAGUGUUUAACAUUGGCCGAGAACACCAAAAGAGCAGUAAUCUUCAGAAGGACAAAUGCAGUUCUCUAUGAAAAAAGAAUUUAUCUUCUAGAAUGCAAGAAGGGAAACGGGGUGGAUUACAGAGGAACGGAAGCCAAAACUCAGACGGGUGUGCAAUGUCAGAAGUGGGCUGAUAAUGCUCCCCAUAAACCAAAUUACACACCUGAAAAAUACCCCAAUGCAGGGUUGGAGGAAAACUAUUGUAGAAAUCCUGAUAAUGAUGCAAAGGGACCCUGGUGUUACACAACAGAUCCUGCUACCAGAUUUGAUUAUUGUAACAUUCCAGAAUGUGAAGUGGAGUGCAUGCACUGCAGUGGGGAAAACUACCAUGGUGUAGUUUCAACAACGGUCUCUGGGAUUGAAUGUCAGCGUUGGGAUUCUCAGAAACCUCACUCUCAUGGAUACCUCCCUGAAAAUUUUCCAGAGAAGGAUCUGAAAAUGAAUUAUUGCCGUAAUCCUGAUGGUGAACCUCGGCCCUGGUGCUUCACUACCAGCCCCACCAAACGCUGGGAAUACUGUGACAUUCCUCGUUGCACUACACCCCCACCAAUUCCUAAGCCAGGGCGUCAGUGUCUGUCAGGAAGAGGAGAAGACUACCAAGGCACGGUAUCUGUUACAGAAUCAGGAAAUACCUGUCAGCACUGGAGUGCUCAAUCUCCUCACAAACAUGCUCGCACUCCUGAAAACUAUCCCUGCAAAAACUUAGAGGAAAACUAUUGUAGAAACCCUGAUAAUGAGCAGAGGCCAUGGUGUUACACCACCAACAGAACUGCUCGGUGGGAAUAUUGCACCAUACCCUCCUGUGAUGGGACAGACUCACAUACCCCUGCUGUUGAUGUGCCUGAGCAGGCUCAAAUUAGUGAGGAGUGCUAUCAAGGCAAUGGUGUGAAUUAUCGUGGUACAAGUUCUUUCACCAUCACGGGAAAGAAAUGUCAAGCCUGGAACUCCAUGUCACCACAUCGCCACAAUAAAACGGCAGAACAUUUCCCAAAUGCGGACCUGAGGCAGAAUUACUGCAGAAACCCAGAUGCUGAUAGCCGCCCAUGGUGUUACACCACUGACCCCAGUGUGAGAUGGGAGUACUGCAACCUAAAGAAGUGCAAUGAUCCUACGCAAGCAAAUUUACCCAAACCUCCUCAGACAACACUGGAACCAAACCCCGACUGUAUAAAUGGUAACGGUAGAGAUUAUCGUGGCACAGUCGCAAAAACUGGAAAGGGCAAGACUUGCCAAGCAUGGAGUUCCCAGACACCUCAUAGUCAUGACUAUUUCACUCCCAAAACUCAUCCAGAUGCAGGCCUGGAUAAAAAUUAUUGCAGGAAUCCUGAUGGAGAUGUUAAUGGACCUUGGUGCUAUACAACAGAUCCAAGAAAAGCCUGGGACUACUGUGACAUUCCCAAGUGCCCUCCUUCUCAGUAUGAGUGUGGAAAAGCCAAGUUCAGACCAAAGCUGUGCGCUCAAAGGAUUGUUGCUGGGUGUAUUUCACAUCCACACUCCUGGCCCUGGCAAAUCAGCCUUCGAACAAGUUAUGGCCUACAUUUUUGUGGUGGCACUCUCAUAGAUCCACAGUGGGUUCUUACUGCUGCUCACUGUCUAGAGAAAUCAUCACGGCCAUCUGCAUACAGAGUAUACCUUGGAUUACACAAAGAAAGAGCACUAGAGCCGUCAGUGCAAAAACGAGAAGUCGAAAAAUUGUUCAAGGGGCCACGUGGGGUGGACAUUGCUCUGCUGAAAUUGAGCAGCCCAGCUGUCAUCAACAACCAUGUAAUCCCUGUUUGCUUGCCUAAAGAAAAUUCUGUGUUAGGAGGAAGAGAGGAGUGUUAUGUGACUGGCUGGGGCGAUACAAAAGGAACUGGUGGAGAUGGCUACUUAAAGGAAACUGGUUUCCCUGUAAUUGAGAAUAAAAUAUGCAAUCGCCCUGAAUUUCUGAAUGGAAGAGUCAACAAUCAUGAGCUCUGUGCUGGGAAUAUUCAUGGAGGCACAGAUAGCUGCCAGGGGGACAGCGGAGGACCUCUAGUUUGUCUUGACCAAGAUAGAUUUGUCCAACAUGGAGUCACUUCUUGGGGCCUUGGAUGUGCCCAACCCAUGAAACCUGGUGUUUAUGUCAGAGUUUCUAAUUAUAUUUCUUGGAUUAAUGAUAUAAUGGAAAGAAACUGAUCCUAGAUCCUGGAUAUGGACUGCCCUCUCCUGGAAAGCAGUAUGCACAUAUAGAAGAAGAAGAUUCCAAGUGCAAUAUUAAAGUUGCAAUCAUUCCUAACAAAGUAAAAUAAAUUUAAUCAACUACUUAAUAGUCUUUGCCAAGAAACUCCGCUUGUGGUUUGUCACUCUUUUUUUUUCCCUGUAUAUUCUAAGUUUUCUGCAUUUGACAAUAAACCUACCAGCCUCUAAAAUACUUGUCAGUAAUCCCAAUACUAUUUGUAACAGGCCAUCUGUAUUUCAAUCUUAUAUUAGACUCUAGAAUGACUUCUUCUAAGGUUGAACUUGCCAAGAUGAUGGGCCUCCAGCAAAUGAAUAAGGGCUACCGCACACUUCCUAUGAGUUGUCUGACCUUCCUACCAGCUUAACUUAGAAGAAUCUCACUGUGGAUGCCAAGUUUUAUUAAAUGUAUCUGCUAUGGUAUCAAAUACACAGGACUGAAAAAAAUAGAAGCAAAUG